GUCUGCAGGCGGCUAAGCUGUCCGCACCCCCAGCCCGCAGGGUAAUGGCGCUGGGGGUCCGGGGACGUGGGGCCUUGGGGCAGAGUCUAGUCUCGGAGACCCCGGUGACGGCCACAGCAUCGUCCAGUGCUGUGAGCUCCCGCCGCUUCCUGCUCUGGCUCUACCUGGUAGGCUUCUUGGACCUGUUUGGUGUCAGCAUGGUGGUCCCAUUGCUGAAUCUUCAUGUCAGAUCCCUUGGAGUAAGUCCCAUCAUUGCUGGAAUAGUAGGUUCCUCAUAUGGCAUUUUGCAACUCUUCUCCAGCACUUUUGUGGGCUGCUGGAGUGAUGUGGUCGGAAGACGGUCCUCCUUGCUGGUGUGCAUCCUGCUCAGUGCCCUGGGCUAUCUCCUCCUUGGAAUGUCCACCAACGUGUUCCUGUUUACGCUUGCUAGAGUCCCCGUGGGUAUUUUUAAACACACCCUCUCCAUCUCCAGAGCACUGCUUUCUGACCUGGUAACAGAGAAGGAUCGACCACUUGUGCUGGGACAGUUCAACACAGCCUCAGGUGUAGGCUUCAUCUUGGGCCCUGUAGUUGGUGGGUAUCUGACUGAACUGGAUGGUGGAUUUUAUGUGACAGCCUUCAUCUGCUGCUCUGUCUUCCUCCUCAAUGCUGGUCUAGUCUGGCUCUUACCUUGGAGAGAAGCAAGUCUCAACAUCUCAGACAAUGGUUGGAGCUUGGAUCGGAAGCACACUAUAGUACCUGUAAGAUCAGAAGGUUCACUGCAGGGGGCGGCUACCACCCCUGCAGCCAGGAAGAGUGAGACGGAAGUGCAGGUGCCCUGGGCUGAAGUCAUGUCGGCCUUGAAGGAUAUGAAGAACCUGAUCUUUUCUGCACUAUGGGACAUAUUCCUCGUACGCUUGCUGAUGGGGGUGGCUGUCAUGCUCUACUAUAGUAACUUUGUCUUGGCCCUGGAUGAGCGUUUUGGGGUACGGCCCAAGACCACAGGGUACCUCAUCAGUUACACCAGUGCCCUGGGUACCCUGGCUGGCUUUGCUGUGGGACCCAUUCUACGGUUGUAUAGGAACAACUCAUACAUGGUCCUCCUGCACUCCAGCGCACUCACCUGCCUGCUGCUGCUGGUCUACUCGACGACUGGCUCCGUGGCCAUGGUGGUCUUCUCCUCAACACUUCUCUCCUUCUCCACCGCCAUUGGAAGAACCUGCAUCACAGACCUCCAACUGAGUGUGGGCGGAGCCCAGGCCAGUGGCACCAUCAUAGGUGUGGGCCAGUCUGUGACUGCAGUGGGCCGCAUCCUUGCCCCGCUACUCUCUGGAGUGGCCCAGGAGAUCAGUCCCUGUGGACCCCCAAGCCUGGGUGCUGCUUUAGCCCUGGUGGCUAUUUUAAUCAUGACUCUAAACAGACCUCCCUUCAGUGGGGAUGGGAGUGAGAGACUCAAACGGGAGUAGCAUCGGAACCACUUGGAGAAACAGAUUUAGAAUCAGACAACUCGGAGUCAAAGAUGGUCAUUUCAGAGACAGUGGGUGGUCCAAGUGCAGUUAGUUAUUCCCAGAUGGCUGUGCCCGGUCCUCACUUGCACAGGCGUGCCAGCAGAACCAACAGAAGUCAGCUACAGAUAGGGAAGUCUAGACUGAGCACAACCCUGCUGGGGGAAAGGGGGACCCGUAUCAAGAGCUUGCCUGAGAGAGUUCCCUUUCCACCUGGGCACAGCAGAGUUAACAUUUGCUUCUGGGGAAAGGCAGCAUGCUAGUAGAGGCGGGAGAGGGACUUGGAAGCCUCAGUGUUAAUCAUAGACUGGCCACCUGUCUGGAAUACAGCUCCCCAGAAUCCCAGAAGCCAAAGCCGCUUCUCUGCCCAAGUCCCAGAGACCGACACCACUGCUUUACUUAAGCCAGCCUGUUGCUUUCUGGGCUGGCAGCAUCAGAUGCUGAACCCUUACUCCAGACAUUUAGAUACACAGGCCUUGCUAAAGUCAGACCUAUGGGCUUUGAAGCCCCAGUAGCCAUUUCUCAUAAAGGGGGGAGAAACACUGAAACACGAUAGUUUUGAUUAAAGUAGAAAUUGGAGACUGCACUGUUUUUAAUAGUUAAUUGUACAUGGGCCCUAAGCCUACUGAUUGCAACUUGGGUACACCCCCUUUCCCAUGUCUCAGGAGUCAGACUGCACCAGGAACAAGCAACGUUCAGGGCUAUGGUCUCUCCUCUUUGGCACUCAGUCACUUUGGACUUUGGACACGCUCCCCACCCCCAGAGCCCCAACUUCUGGGAUCACAGACCUCAAAUCCACAUUCCAUAUAAUCCUCUUGAUUAUUCCUUUAGUGUGUUAUGCCCAUUUUCAACGUGUAAUUGUGAGUGGUACUUCAAUGCACUGAUUUUUCAUAACUCUAAUAUUUACUAUUUAUAAAUCAAAAAGGAAUGUUUUCAUAGCUUUGAUGUAUGUGGGAUAAACUCAAAUAUUUAUGACUGUUGGAAGUAUAUUUUAGCUUGAAUGCCAUCCCCUUUCCUCUCUGAUUUUGAGGAAAAAAAUCAUUUUUAAGUUGUUUCCACUGUGAAUUUUAACACAGUUACUAAGAACUCUUAAGGGACCAAGGCAAGUGGCCAUGUCCUCACACAGCAUCUGAAUGUCAUGGAGACUGGCGUCUAACGGACAGUGAUUGAACUGAUGGUAUGACAUAAUGAACUAAGGUUUUAGAAGUGUUUCUACCAAGACUAUACUCUCAAAGACAGUGGACUUUUCUUCCAAAUGCUUAUGGAAGCCAUGUUUAUAUUCUUAAAACCAUAGCACUUUAUUUUUUAAGUGAAACAAAUUUAGUGAGAUUUUAAACUUGGCAAGACACAUGGAGAUACUGAAAACACAAACCAAUCAGUAUCCAAAAAAACACUUAUUACUCUGUAUUAGUGACUUUGGGAAUUUGUUAAUGUGAUGGUUGUUUUUCUGUUCUGUCUUCUUAUUUGGUGAACAAUUGUCCACAUUUCAUCUUGUAUUACCCUGUAUUAGUGACUUUGGGAAUUUGUUAAUGUGAUGGUUGUUUUUCUGUUCUGA